AUGAAUGAACCUUGUCAACUUGUUAUAUCGCAAAAGGGACAUUCGAAAUUAAUGAUUGAUGAGCCGGAGUACUGCAAGACUCGAGCAAUUACUAUUCUUUUAAAUGGUUUACAUUAUCUAAAAAAAAUUGAUAAAUAUGAACAUGCUUCUCAAACCGGCAAUGGUGAAAUUGCUCAAGUUGUUGCCCGUAUCAAACAACAAGCUCGGGAUACACAAGAUGCACCCUCUAAAAUAAUUCAAAAUAAUAUCACCACUAUUCCAAAAAAUCUUUCACCUUAUAUGCCUACACAAGAGGCUCUCUGA